AGCAAAUAAGUUAACGGAAAAAUAAAUUUGCAAAUAAAUUUCAUAUUAAAGCAUAUGAUUAGCUCAGCAUUAAGUAUGAAAUAUAUCAAUGUUUCGGUUAGCAAAUACAUGGGCUGCAAAAAGGUGACCCACAAUGGCAUUUUAUUACUUAAGAUAAAGUCCACUUCAUCGGCGGAGCAACCUUAUUGAUAAACGCUACAACCUCACCUACUUCGAAAUUGCAUGAAGGGUGAAACCAUUUAUUUAAAAGUUAUAUGCCUUUCAAAAGUGUGCAAGUGUGUGUACGAGAAAGUCGUGUGUUAAAUAGAACUAAAACGGCUCAUAAUAAAAUAUUUAACCAAAGUGAUUUCCGAUGAAUUGUACGGAAAAUACGCGGAAACCCCCACUUAAUUGCUCCAUCUUUAGCUAAAGAAGUGUUAAUAUAUCUUGGAAAAAGCUGUAAACCAGAAACCAUACGAAGAAUCCUCAGAGAAGCAGAUUUCAAAAUAUACCAUGUGUCAGUGCUAAAACUCGGAGUGCAAGGCUGAAGUUUGCAAAGGACCAUUUUUAUAAAGAUUUUUCGGCAAUUAUUUAAAGACGUUGAAAAUAAACAAAGUUAAUAAGUAUUGAAAGCAUCAUAUCUGUAAUCCAAUUAUACUUAAAAAGAUUUGGAUACCCGUAUGAGUAUUUCAAUGUCAAUCAUCAUAUAAAGGAUUUUAUUCUUUAAACUAUCUAAACUCAAAAACAAUACUUAUAACUAAUAUUUUGUUAGCAAUCGCGUUUUUUUGGAUAUGAAUCUAAAUGAGAUACUUGUAAAGAAAAAAUGUAAAUGCUUACAAACAAAGCGCACGCCGACAAUAUAUGGUGUUGUAAGAUUGUUCAACAGCGUGAUAUGAAUUGUGGAAGGUGACUGCUUGAUGGCCAAUGGAAAAGAACUAUCACUAUCGAAAUCGGUAUCUUUAUAUAAUUUCGAUUUAUUGAUGUGAUAUCCGGCCCGAUUUCUGGUUCGUAAUUAGUUUGACUGCAAAAUACAAUAUAUUUUGGGAUAUUUUUCAAGAUGAUAAUGCUGUUGAUCAAUGUGAUAUAUUUUCAACUGCUUAAGGCAUUAAAUUUUGUAUACAUCACAUUGCCGAAAAUCAUUAAAAACGGAACAGAAAAGGCGAUCGAGUUUACGUGGAUUGAAGUAAUAUCGAAAACUGAAUGCAAUUGUGUUUUAUAUUAUUUUAACCGAAGAUUUGCUAUAAAGUAUUAUACACUGACUAGCCGUAAAGUUUCUACUUCACAUUUUCUUCUCCUCUACUUUUUGAGCAACAUUUUGUGCGCAGCAGCCUUACCACCAGUGAUUCGCUUAGGUGCUAUAUUUACAGAAGACCAACGAGAUAGUAGUGUUGAAUUUUCGUUUAAGUAUGCUGUGUAUCGUAUAAAUAAGGACAAAUUACUACUAUCCAACACGCAACUUAUUUACGAUAUUGAGUACGUACCUCGUGAUGAUUCCUUCCGAACGACUAAAAAAGUUUGCCGCCAAUUGGAAUUAGGAGUCAAUGCAAUUUUCGGACCCUCUGAUCCCUUACUUGCAGCGCAUGUGCAAUCAAUAUGCGAAUCUUUUGACAUACCGCACAUCGAGUCGCGAAUAGAUUAUAAAGCUAGUAUUAAAGAGUUCUCUAUCAAUCUCUAUCCGUCUCAGCGUCUUAUGAAUUUAGCUCAUAGAGACUUGAUGGUAUUUUUAAAUUGGACGAAAACUGCAAUCAUCUACGAAGAUGAUUUUGGCCUUUUCAAUCAACAGGAUCUGAUACGUGCAACGACAGAUCUGAAGAUAGAAAUAUAUAUACGGCAGGCUUCACCAGAAACAUAUAGACGAGUUUUACGUGCUAUUCGUCAAAAGGAAAUUUACAAAAUAAUCGUAGAUACAAAUCCAGCAUAUAUAAACUCUUUUUUUCGGACCAUUCUUCAACUGCAGAUGAAUGACUAUCGGUACCAUUACAUGUUUACAACGUUUGAUUUAGAAACUUUCGACCUGGAAGACUUUAAAUACAAUGGAGUAAAUAUAACUGCCUUUCGAUUAGUUGAUGUAAAAAGUCAACGAUAUGAAGAAGUUAUCGAGCAAAUGAUGAAAUUACCUCAUAGCGGCUUGGAGUAUAUAAAUGGGCAGCCAUAUAUACAGACGCAAUCAGCUUUAAUGUUCGAUUCCGUUUACACUUUCGCCGCUGGUUUGACGGAGUUGGAUAGAAGCCAUUUAUUAAGGUUUCAUAACAUAUCGUGUUCCAACGACAUGUCAUGGAAUGACGGUCUGUCCUUGUAUAAUUACAUAAAUUCGGUUUCUAUACAUGGAUUAACCGGACACGUGAGUUUUGUUGAGGGUUAUAGAAAUAGAUUUCAAAUUGAUUUGCUUAAACUUAAGCAUAAAAAAAUUGAAAAAGUAGGCAUUUGGAAACCAGAUGUUGGAGUGAAUAUCACUGAUCCUACUGCUUUCUAUGAAAUUCAUACUAGCAACACAACUUUGAUAGUUAUGACACGAGAAGAGAAGCCAUAUGUAAUGGUAAGAAAUGAAGGCAAUCAAAUAGGCAAUAGCCGUUUUGAAGGAUUUUGUAUUGAUUUGCUGGAAGCUAUCGCCACACAAGUGGGAUUUCAUUAUAAAAUAGAACUAGUGCCUGAUAAUAUGUAUGGAGUAUAUAACCCUGAUUCAAAUUCUUGGAAUGGUAUUGUUCGAGAACUAAUGGAAAGGCGAGCCGACCUGGCCGUUGCUUCAAUGACCAUAAAUUAUGCUCGAGAAAGCGUAAUUGAUUUUACUAAACCGUUUAUGAAUCUAGGAAUUGGAAUCUUGUUCAAGGUUCCUACAAGCCAGCCGACUCGACUAUUUUCAUUCAUGAAUCCUUUAGCCAUGGAAAUAUGGUUAUAUGUACUUGGAGCAUAUGUUCUUGUUUCGUUUACUCUGUUCGUAAUGGCACGUUUUUCCCCAUAUGAAUGGAAUAACCCACACCCAUGCUUGAUAGAUUCCGAUAUUGUGGAAAAUCAAUUUUCAGUGUCAAAUAGUUUUUGGUUUAUUACGGGUACUUUUCUACGUCAAGGUUCCGGUUUGAAUCCGAAGGCAACAUCUACUCGUAUUGUCGGCGGUAUUUGGUGGUUUUUUACGCUAAUCAUAAUUUCAUCAUAUACAGCAAAUUUAGCUGCAUUCCUUACAGUGGAACGGAUGAUAACACCUAUCGAGAGCGCUUCCGAUUUAGCUGAUCAGACGGAUAUUUCGUAUGGCACCUUGGAAGGCGGAUCCACGAUGACAUUUUUUCGGGAUUCCAAAAUUGAUAUUUAUCGGAAAAUGUGGGAAUACAUGGAAAAACGCAGAUCAUCCGUUUUUGUAAAGACCUACGAGGAAGGAAUUAAACAUGUUUUAGAAGGAAAUUAUGCUUUUCUUAUGGAGUCAACUAUGCUUGAUUAUGCCGUUCAACGUGAUUGUAAUUUAACACAAAUUGGUGGACUUCUAGACUCCAAAGGAUAUGGAAUCGCUACACCUAAAGGUUCGAUCUGGCGUGAUCCUAUGUCCUUGGCAAUCUUAGAGUUACAAGAAAAGGGGAUUAUACAAAUAUUAUACGAUAAGUGGUGGAAAAAUACUGGUGAUGUAUGCAAUCGAGACGAAAAAAGCAAGGAAUCUAAAGCCAAUGCUUUGGGUAUAGAGAAUAUAGGUGGGGUUUUUGUAGUAUUAUUAUGCGGUCUAGCCUUGGCAGUUGUCGUUGCGAUUUUGGAGUUUUGUUGGCAUUCCAAAAAAACUGUUCAGCUCACUGAAAACCAAUCAUUGUGCUCUGAAAUGGCUGAAGAGCUACGAUAUGCUAUACACUGUCAUGCGUCAAAAAAACGCCCGUCUUUAAAGCGUAUUUGUGUCAAAUGCACGCCUGAUUCUACGUACGUACCUGUUAAUUUGGGCAGUGGUACACCAAAUAUUAGUGGAGUGCAUUAUAAUUUUUUUAAUUAGUUCCUCAAGCAAGUAUUAUAUUUAAGUUAAACUCUGCAGCCGUUAUUAUAGCAUGCAGUGAGCUUGUGAAAAUAUAUAAGAAAAGGGUGUGUUUUAGACGUGUGGUAUUUCAAUGAGGUAUUACUUUUUUUGGAGUCCCUCUCUUUGACAUUUGUUAUUUGAUUUGUACUCAGCUUGGUUUGCCAUUUGAUUAUGAACAUACUUACUCUGGAAUAAUGUUUGCCAAUCGGGUAAAUUUAUUACCAAAAUAAAGGAUCGAUUCGCACGAAGCAAUACGUUUCGUCCAAUAUUCACUUUGGGUUAAUGGGUACUGUAAUAAAUAAAUUUCGAAUUUGAAUAGUUGUUGGGACGUUGUUAUAUCUUUAUAAAAGGAAACUGCCAAUGGGCAAGGCUAUAGAGCCAAGCUUAAUGACUCUUUGGGGACGACCUUUAUUUAAGGAAACUUAUGGUUAGCACAUUUUUCGGCCUUGGGCGUGGCCCAUAGCAUUAAAUUAAAUGUGUUUCAUUUCUUCUUGAAAACCACAUGUCUCAAAAAUACACUUCGAUAAUUCAUCAUUUACGAACUCAAUUAAUCAUGCAUUAAAAUAAAAAAGAAAACUAUUAAUCGUACAAAAUAAAUUUCUUUCCGA